AAGUGGUUUUUCUCACUCAUCUCUUUGUAUUCCUUUUCUUGCAUACCUUCAAAAGUUUCUUCCCCAACUAAUAUUCUUCUCUUUCUUUCCCCAAUUCUCUCUAUGCUUCACUUUCCCCUUUCCUCUAUCUGAGUUUUCAAAAGGGUUGUCACAAAAUUUUUCUUAUGGGGUGUUGUGAAUCCAUUUUUCUGACAGAAACCCAUCCCGAAAAGCUUCAACCCCAGCAGCCUGCACCUCCGUAUGUUGCGGUGGAGCCUCCGCCGCUGCUGCCGCCUGCUGUUGGACCUGAACCGACGCAGCUUGGGGAAAUGGUUUCUACUUUCUCUGAGUUCUCCUUCUCCGACCUUAAGGCGGCUACCGACAAUUUCAACUCCAACUUCAUAGUCUCAGAGAGCAGCGAGAAGGCUCUCAACAUUGUGUACAAGGGUCGACUUCAUAACCGCAAGUGGAUCGCUGUGAAGAAGUUUUCGAACGUGGCUUGGCCGGAUGCCAAGCAGUUUGUGGAGGAGGCUUCGGGAGUUGGGAAGCUACGGCAUCCAAGGUUUGCGAAUUUGAUAGGGUAUUGCUGCGAUGGUGAUGAGAGGCUGCUUGUUGCGGAGUACAUGCCUAAUGAUACUCUUGCAAAGCAUUUAUUCCACUGGGAAAAUCAAACCAUUGAGUGGGCCAUGCGGUUGAGAGUUGCUUACUACAUUGCUGAAGCCUUGGAAUAUUGUACCACUAAAGGCCGUGCAUUGUACCAUGACUUGAAUGCUUAUAGAGUUCUUUUUGAUGAGGGUGGCGAUCCACGUCUUUCAUGUUUUGGGUUGAUGAAAAACAGUAGGGAUGGUAAGAGUUACAGCACAAAUCUGGCCUACACACCACCUGAGUAUUUGAAAAAUGGAAGGGUAACCCCUGAAAGUGUUAUUUAUAGCUUUGGUACUGUCCUCUUGGAUCUUCUGAGUGGCAAGCACAUCCCUCCAAGUCAUCGAGUGCAGGCUCUUGAUCUGAUACGAGGAAAGAAUAUCAUUCUCUUAAUGGAUUCACAUUUGGAAGGAAAAUUUUCUACAGAAGACGCAACUGUGGUUGUUAAUCUCGCUUCUCAAUGUUUACAAUAUGAACCUAGGGACAGGCCUAACACAGAGGAACUUGUUUCAACUCUUGCUCCAUUGCAAACAAAAGCAGAUGUUCCCUCCUAUGUUAUGCUUGGAAUGAAGAAACAGGAGGAUGCCCCCGCAGCUCCUGUAGCCCCAGCAGCCCCUGUAGCCCCACAACGCCCUUUAUCGUCGAUGGGUGAGGCCUGUUCGAGGAUGGAUCUCACUGCAAUUCAUCAAACAUUGGUUAUGACACACUACAAAGACGAUGAAGGAACUAAUGAGCUAUCUUUUCAAGAGUGGACACAACAGAUGAGAGAUAUGCUGGAAGCAAGAAAGCGCGGGGAUUUUGCCUUUCGGGACAAAAAUUUUAAAGCUGCAAUUGACUGCUACUCACAGUUCAUAGAUGUAGGAACUAUGGUUUCCCCAACUGUGUUUGCUCGACGAAGCCUAUGCCAUUUGUUGUGUGAUCAACCCGAUGCUGCACUUCGGGAUGCAAUGCAAGCACAAUGCGUACACCCAGACUGGCCCACAGCCUUCUACAUGCAAUCGGUUGCCCUUGCGAAGCUGGAUAUGCAGAAAGAUGCCAUUGACAUGUUGAACGAAGCAGCUGCGUUAGAAGAGAAGAGGCAACGAGGUGGACGAUGAUCAUUAAAAUGAACUCUUACUCAACAUUGCUGUAAUUACAAGCAUACUUGUGUUGUUUGUUGCUGAGGCUACCACAAUUUGUAUAAAGUGUGAGCUGGUAAGUUUCUUACUUGAAAAAAAAGGAAAUGUGAGCUACUUGCAUUUAACUUGACUGUUCAUGUCAAUUGAAGGGGGCUUGUAAAUUCAAUCAAUUUAAACCAUCUGUAUGGAUUUGACCGUCUAGUUAGUUUGGUAGAAGCCCCUUGUCCAGAGUUGUUAUUUGCAACAUUAGUGUAGAUAAAUCCCUGACUUUCUGAUUUAAACCAACCAACAGAAUAAUAUUCAAACUUUCUAAA